AUGUGCUGGUUCACCCUUAUACCAGCCAACAGCAAGAAAGUCAAACGCCAUUCCUCCGAUUCCUCCUGUGCAGAGGAUCUCGUACGCGUUCAUCACAAGUCAAAUCCACGCUUCAGCAACAUCAAGAUCAAGAUUCCGAGCAGUAUUAGCAUGGAUCGCCAGAACGAACAUCGGCAGCAUAAUCCACAUGUGCGCCCUCAUCCGCAUCACCACCAUCUCCCACACAUACAUCCGCUCCAUCUUCAUCCGAUGCAUGGCCCUCAUCAUCAUCACCAUCAUCAUCAUCAUGAGGCACCAGCAAACAAACUUCGUGGGCCAGGCCGAAAACGAUCAGCCUCUCCUCCCUUUUCUCCGGACAACACAACCUGUCCAUCACACUCACCGUCUCCUUCAACCGCUCUGCCUACACCGCGCGAGCCCGUGUACCGAACACAAAUUAUAGAGCCAACGACUGUCCGUGAGACCACCCGUGGAGCGCUGCGUGCUAUGCAGUCAGACCGCCAGCAAAGCCGAUUACGGAGGGUUGCUGGGUAUGAGGUCCUGAGUAGGGACGUUCCGUGGCAGUGGGACUGUGUGAGUAGUACCGUGGGAGGCAGUAGUGUCGGAGGUGGAAAAUGGAUCAAGAGGAAGAGCCGUAGAGGCUUAAACUAUCCGCCUUUUGGUAGUAUUGAAAGAUGGAUGUAG